AUGCACCAACCUCCGCCCGCCGACCAGUCGACCUUUGAGUCGCAAGCGCAGUACAACCCGCAGGCCACCGAAGAUGUCGACGAGGAGCAGCAUUCUUUGGAGGAAAAGAAACGUUAUGCUGCCGAAAUACCGAAAAGGCCUAACUACAGGCCGAAGCCGUUGCGAUGGCCCUUCAUCGCCGCCAUGAUUGCCUUAUUGGGGUUACUCAUGGUUUUGGUCAUCGUCGCUCGCACGACAAUGCCAAACUCCGACAGUACUGCAACUAUUGAACCUCGACACAUGUUGGUGGUAAGACAAGAUGGCAGCUCUGCUGGACAAUCGCCAUCCCCGGCCCCGGAGCCCUCUCCAAUCCCAACACCAGUCAACUCGGCGCAAGCUCCGACAACCGAGACUCAAGCUGGGACGCCGAGUAAUCCAACGCAAGUGUUGAUACCGUCUAGCACCAACGAUCUUCCAACAAAGUCUGAGGCUCAACCAUCAGCAACAUCGAUAUCACCAGCCACGUCGGCGCUGCCAUCAGUCAAGCCGUCAACGAUCCAGGAACCAAACACCUCGCAGGAGAAGCCAUUCGUGGCCUCUUCUGCAGACAAAGAGGUCACACCAACAACGAAGGAAGACUCUGUAAAACAUACUACAACUUCCAGUGAUGUUGUUGAGCCGAAAACAACCAGCCAAGCAGUAACUCCAUCACCACCGAGCCCUAUCAGCUCGGUGAAAGACACGGGAUCUCGGCAGGGCAGCAUUACUUCGACAGGUGACAAGGGCGACACAGCAUCAACAAGUGAUAUGAAAUCCACAUCGUCGAGAUCGGAGACUGCGAUCAGCGCUACCACUCAAUCAGCCUCAACUUCAUCAACCGUGUCAGAGAGUAUCCUCGAUUCUUCCACCUCUGAUCUGUCCGGUCAUCGCAAAGCACCGCCGAUCAUCACUACUACAAUUUCUCAAUCAAAAAACACAUCUCCCACGCCAACUCCCAGCCGCGACGAUGAGAUCAUAUCAGUCAUCACCAGCGAAUUCACAUCCACCAUCACCAAGCCCGGUUCCACCUUCACUUACACUACCGAAAUUGUGACCAAUAUCUCUUCCACUUACACGACCGUGAUUAGGACCACGUUUCCGGGAACUACCGGUGAGACAACCUUCACCAGAGUCAUCACAACGAGCAUACCGCGCACCGUCACAAAGUCUGCCGCAGUCAGCUACUCCUUGACCACAUUGACGAUGCCCGGGGAGACACAGGUCAAGACAGACACCAUCAGCGACGAGAAGACUACCUACAUGCAGACAACGACGAAGACCAUCGCAUACCUCAGCACAUCUACGGCAGCCGUGACUCGCCCGGAAGUCGUCGAGACAUCGUUCGAGCAGGUCGUUACCACCUACACCUCAAAGGCGACAUUCACGCAGCCCGAGAGAACCAGUGAAAUCACCUCGGUCGUCGUGAGCGCUGUGCCUUCCACAUAUCAGUCCGUCGGAACUUCUGCGGCGCCCGGUCAGGUCUAUGUACAGGUCGGAACCACGGAGAUCACGCGAGUGAUUACGGUGCCUGGUGGCAACCGAGGGAGCCCGCCGACACAACCGCCAGUCGUCCAAGUCAUCACCAGUGUCGUCGAUGGAAAGGUUGAGACGAUCGUUGAUAAGCCUGCCCCGCAGACUAUUGUCACCAACGACGGAGGUGUCUUCCCGAUUGUCUUCACGCCACCCGCGGAAACCAGAGUCACCCACGUCGGAGGCCAGGAAGCUCAGGUGGUCAUCACUGUGACACCUUCUCCAGAGGUAGCCUUCGUGGCUGUUCCAACAACUAAAGACGGAAAGCCAACCAUCGUCAUAGUCCCCUCUACAUUGAACGCAGCAGCUGGGGCUUUCAAAGAAGUAGCGACUACUAUCAACGGGAAGGCAACCGUAGUCAAUGUCCCUGUGACCCAAGAGCCAGUUCUGGUCGCUGUUCAGACGACGAUUGAUGGUACACCUACUGUGCUAUUGACCAAAUCGACCCAGUCAGCGGGCUUCAAUCCAAUAUCUCUGACUCUGGUAUCCGAGGUAGGAGGUAGCACUGGCGUGUUCGUCACCACGGAUGCUCUAGAGGCUAUCAAGACAACCAUUGAUGGGAAGGAGACGACAAUUGUGACAACUCCACCCCUGCGAACGUUCACCUCGGUAUCGGGAGGAACGCGGACGACUAUGACGAUAGUUACGACUCCGUCUGGGACAGCACCGCUGGAAUUCACGGUAAUCACGACAAUCGGGGGAACCCUAAGCACCAUCGUAUCGACUCCCAGUCCAACAACAUUUACUACGACGAUCUCUGGAAGCCUGAGAACAAUCAUCUCAACCCCAAGUCCCACGACUUACCUCUCCACAAUCAAGCCCGCGACCACUGUCAUUACUACCACCUCCACACCAACACCUACGAACUCCGCAGACACCGUCAUCACGCAAGUCGAGAAGUUCGCUUUUACUAAUGGUGAUUACUUCGUCGGAAAGUUCUUACCUGUUAUCCUCGCCGUGAUAAUCGCCGUCCCGCUCCGCAUCAUCGAUCUCAACGCCAAGCUGUAUCAGCCCUUCCAUGCGUUGGCACAAGAAGGGGGCUCUUUGGGAAGGAACAGUAUGACAUUACAGUUCGACGGUUGGAAAGGCUUCUUGGCCCCGUUCGAAGUGUUGUUGCAGGGCCAUCCAGUGCCAUUCAUCACGACACUGAUGGUUCUGUGUUCGUCACUCCUAGCGCCUCUGGCCACCGAGGCAAUAGGCAUGAAGCUACACGGAACGUGUAAGAUCACGGCAAUCGAGGGCUGCGGAAUUCAGUUGGGCGUUUCCACCAUGUCAGCCAAUGCCCUGGUAGCGUUGCUCGCGCUCAUCAUUGUACUGCUUUUAGUUCUCCUGUUCUCACUCCGCAGCUGGGAGACUGGGCUGCAUGCCAAUCCGUGGAGUAUCGCCGGAAUUUCGUCCCUGGCCCGGAACGCCGAUAUCAGGUCACCCAAUAUCGACUUCAUAACCGGCAAGAAGGCCAUGAUGGAGAAGCGAUAUGGUCUCGGGUACUUCGAAAACAGCCUAGGACGCGACGAAUACGGCAUCGUCUGCUACAAUGACUCGGCAGAGAGCCCUCAAGGCACCCCGGCAGCAUCUGGAGCUAUCCCGGCUGAUGAGGAGUUGACCGGUGCAUAUCAGCGGGACGUGGCGAAGAAAGAGCGUAAGCCGGUCCCAUUCAUCGCGCUCACGUACUGGUGGCGCAUCGUAUUUGCCUUCUUCUUGGCCGCUUUGUUCAUCGUUAUACUUUAUUAUCACAUCACAUUGGGUCUCCGGACUUCUUUCAAGGAUUUCAUGGAUAGCCAGACGUUCGGAGUCAGGUUCUUUUUCGCGGCGCUGGGCGUCAUCAUCAUUUUCUGCUGGGAAUCCAUCUUCGUCAGCAUCGCGAUUAUCAGCCCAUACCAUCACAUGGCGCGCCGCUCCCAGCCACCGGAGAAGUCCAUUCUUCUCACUCGGCCUACGAAUGGUUUCUACGGUAUAUAUGCCGCUGUUGUUGAGGGCAACAUCAUCCUCAUGCUCACGGCUUUCAUGUCAAUUUUGGCCGAGUUCCUUCCCAUUCUCUUCGCCAAUAUCCCGUACAACCUCACGCAAACACUCAUGUCUCACAACGUCUGCGCAAGAGUCAGUCUGUCGAUUCUAGCUCUCAUGUUGGUCACCAUAGUGGCGAGCCUGUUCAUCAAGUGGCCCGAGAUGCCAGUCGACCCUCGAAGCAUUGCAGGAGCCCUGUACUACGUCAAUGAGAACAAGCUGCUGGAUGACUUUGAAGGACUGUCGAAAUUGGACUCGGGGGAAAGAGAGAAGAGAGUGAAGGAACUUGGCCGGAGGUAUUUCUACGGUGGCAUCAACGGAGCUCAUGGUAAGAGGAUGGGCGUUGAAUCUGUGGAGGGUGUUGAGGAUACGGCGUACACUGGUGGGCAUUGGUUAUUACCUCGGCACGAGGAGCGGCGUGCGGAAGAUGAUGACCAUGGAAAUGAGGAGGAGCGUUUUCUGGGAGCCAGCCGCGGUGACGAAGAGGAAACUGAGGAAGAAUCUCAGGAACGACAGGGCUCAACGAACCUUGAGCCCAAAGAUCAGGAUCGGGAUCAGGAGUCCCUGUUGAUCGAAAGUCAAGAGACUCAAACAGCACAGGAGGCGGAGCAGCUUCGAUGA